UCCCUCUCUCUCUCUCUCUCCCUCUCUCUCUAUCUCUCUCUCACACACACUCCCGUUACUCGCAGUGCGCACGAGCUCCUCUUCGUCUGUACCUGAGCUCACCUGAGCGGACUCACCUGCAGCACCGACACUUUGCCUUCGCGUGUUGUUGUGUUGUGUUGUGUUGUUUUUGUUUUUACAUCUCGACACCGAGGAAAGGUGUGUUUGAGUGGAGGAGGUGAAGGUGCGCGGGGCAGGAAGGAGGAGAAGAAGGAGAAGAAGGAGACACCGACUCUUUCCCGGUGAACGUUGGAGUUUCCUUCCCCCGUUUUCCCAACGUUUUCUCGGCUCUUUCUCCGAACCGGGCUCCGAACCUGCCGGGCGGCCUGUGAGCGAACAUGCCGCGGGCCUUUCUGGUGAAGAAGGCCAGUGUGUCUCCGGGGAAGCGGAACUGGAGUGGGCUGCCGGACCAUGGGCGAGGGGACGUCUACAUCCCAGUGUCCUUCUUCCCCCCGUCCGUCCUGAUGGAGGCGGAGGCGAGCCCGGCUGAGUCCACGCCGCUCUGCCUCACCAAACACUCUGUGUGCGACACGCAGGCGUCCGCCGAGCUGCCGUCCAGCACGGUGCUGGGCCGGCCGCGCAGCCCCUCGGUCUUCCUGGGCGAGAGGUCAGAGGUCAGGAGGAGGGCGCCGGGCGGCUCCACGUACGUCCGCUCCAAAAUCAAGGUGACCACGGGCGAGCUACCCCCAAGCCCCACCCCUUUCCCUCUCUCUCUUCCUCCCAUUCCCACCACGACCUCACCGACCCCCCCGCCUGCCACCGUGAUGCCCGUCGCCCUGACGACCAGCCCUUCCACCCUGGAGGUGGUCCCCAUGGUAACCAGAUCCACAGGUCAAAGUUCGUCCUCGGGGAAAUCGGGGGUGUUUAAGUGCAAGGUUUGCCAGAAGACCUUCCAGCACCAGCGGAUGUUGAACCGACACGUCAAGUGUCACAACGAGACCAAGAGACACAUCUGCACGUUCUGCGGCAAAGGCUUCAACGACACCUUCGACCUCAAGAGACACGUCCGCACGCACACAGGUGUUCGUCCGUACAAGUGCAACCUGUGCGACAAGGCCUUCACCCAGCGCUGCUCCCUGGAGUCGCACAUGAAGAAGAUCCACAGCGUCACCCUGGAGUACGCCUACAAGGAGCGGCGCAACAAGCUGUACGUGUGCGAGGAGUGCGGCCACACGGCGGGGACGCAGGACGAGCUGGGCGUCCACCUCCAGUCGCUGCACCCGGACAGCUCCCUGCUGAAGGGGAAGGCUGCCAGGAGAGCGGGGGGGGAGAGGGCAGGGAAAGAGGACGGGUCGGUGGGAGGGUCGGCGCCGGGUUCUCCCCGAGGAGCCGACAGCGAUGACACCACGGGGUCAGGGGAGCCGUAGAGCGGCCGAGAGGCUGGUCGGCACAAUAAGCUCGGGGGGGAUGAAGGAUGGAGGAUGGACGACAACUCAGAGUGUACCUCUACAGUCUCUAAAUGUAUAUAUUAUGUGUGUGUGUAUAUUUAUGAAUGUGUGUGUGUAUGGAUUGUGGGGAUCUGUAUAUGACUCAUGUUAAAUGAGACCAAGUUGGACUUUGACUCAUAUUUUUACAGUUCAUGGGAUUGUGUUGUGGAAAAGAGUAUUUACACAUCUGACUAUAUUUUUCUGCCUUUUUAUAUUGUAUCUGCGUAUUUCCUGUUGGCUCUUCUGUACAGCAUGAGAUGUGAGUUUUCUACUCAAAAAUCUGAAAGCAUUAUAUUAAAGGGAGUAAUAUAUGAACCUGAGUCGUAUGAAUCUAACAUUAUUGAUGUCAUAUUGAUUCUUGGUUAUGGUGGAGGAAGUACUCAAAC